AUGGCGUCGGAAGAAAAAGGGGGUGAGACAAGCUGCCGCUCCCGACGUCAACGACGAAGAUGUAGAAGGCGUCGACGACGUCCAGAGGGGUGGCCAGUCCGCCAUCCGGCGUUGUCAGGCGCGGCCCGCCGACGAUGCGCCCUGCCCCGACGACGACGAAGGAGCUUGGAGGGCGGCCCGCUCCUCACGCUCCACGUCGCGUUGUGCCUGAUCAUACGCCGCCGCGGCCACCUGAUCGACGGCGACGAGGCACUCCGGGCAGGAGUGGGGCUCGUGCGCGUUGUUGACGCCGAGCACGACGGGGCGAAGGCAGCGGCCUUCGCCGCGGCAGUACCGCCCCGACGUGCAAUGGUGGGCGCACCAACCGGCGAUCUUGCGCCCCUUCCUGGCGUGGGGCACCGGUAUGCGCCCGCCUCGGACGUUGCGCGGGAGCCGGCGGACGUAGAAGUACGUCGCGAACUGGCACCACCGCACCGUCGGGUCGUCGGCGGCGUUGCGCUCAAUGGCCUGGAGGUCGUCGAAGUUGUCCAGGGCGAGGGCGGCGAACGCCGGGUCGUUCGGGAUGUGCUCCGCCCCCGCCCCGUAGACCUCCAUGCGCCGUUUGUAGUCGGCGUACUCGGGGUCGAGAGAUUCGGCGAAAUCGGCGUGGUGGCCCCGAGUGCGAGCGUUUGCUCGCUGCUCGCUCGGCGAACGCCGCCUGCUCCAGCCGAUCCCGACGCGCCGUGGUCGCCGAGGAGGCCCUCCGGGACGACGAGGAAGGCUUGGGUCUCGCCGGAGGGUCCUCCAUCUGCAGGAUCUCCCGGGAGAUCUGAUCCUGCAGAUCGACGGAGGGAACCGGCGGGAAGAUGCUCUUCGGCAACGCCGGUGGAGCCUUCUUUGGCGUCACCGCCGGUUCCGGCGAGCUCCGCCGUCUCCGUCGUUUCGGCGAUGGUCUCCAUGGGGGCGGUGUGGAGGACCGGCGGUGCCUUCGGCCUGGCGGCCUUCGGCGUAGACGCCGCCAUCGUCGCGGGGGCCGGGCGGGAGUGCUUGGGCUCGCUCCCGCCGGCCGCCGGACCCCCGCUGGCCCCUGAUCCAGCCAGUGAUGUCGCCGUCGGGGACGUCGGCGUGGUACUGGUAGAGGACGUGCCGCCAGCCGCCGAAGAUCUCGUCGACGGGGUCGCCGACGAUGCCCACAUAGGCGGCGCUGCCAACGGCGUGAACGUCGAAGGUUUCGAAGACGCCGCCGCCGCCGAAGAUGUGGCCGUCGCGGUCGUCGUGCCGCCAGAAGAUGCCGAAGUCGCCGAGGUCGCCGAAGUGGGACCAGCCGCCGCCGCGCCACUCGCCGCUGCCGCCGCCGACAUCCUCGCCGACCCCUCAACCGUCAUCCGCUGA